AUGUCUCGCGGCGGCGGCACCACGCUCUACGUCACCGGCUUCGGCCACGGCACACGCGCUCGCGACCUUGCCUACGAGUUCGAACGCUACGGCCGCCUCGUCCGAUGUGACAUCCCAGCCCCCCGUUCAGCUUCUUCUAGACUCUUCGCCUUCGUCGAAUACGAGUCUCGUCGUGACGCCGAUGACGCGUACCACGAGAUGCACAACAAGCGCAUCGGUCGCGAUGACUUGUUGAAGAUUGAGUGGGCCCGUACGCCUCCUUCGGCAUCAUGGCGAUUCGACUCUGGCCGUGACCGUCCCCGUGGUGAGCGCUCUGAGCGUGGCGGUGACCGCGGCGACCGCUCCGACCGUGGUGAUCGUGCAGACCGAGGUGUUCGCUCUCCUCGCCGUCGUAGCACCUCUCCUCGUCGCGAGCGUGGAGCUUCUCCCCGAAAGGAUGACCGUCGCGAGCGCGACUAUGACCGCCGUGACCGUGAUAGGUCAAGGAGCCCUGUUGACGGCGACCGCGAGAUGAAGGAUGUCCGCGAUCGUGAGGAUGACCGUGGCGACCGUGACCGUGUCGAUCGCGAUGAUAGGCGCGAGCGUGACCGCGAGGCUGAACCGGCUGGUGAGCCCCGCAAGAUUGACUCCCCUCCUCCUCCUGCUCACGAAGACCUGGACGUGGCUGAGUAG